AUGCCGGAACAACUGGUUAUAUUAAUAGGAUCUGAUGGGAAACGGGCCAUUGUCAGUCGUUUUGUAGCCACACAAGCUUCAUUAGUACUACGUGAUUUACUGGAUGGAAGAGAGCCGACAACAAGACUUCGUGAGGGUUUUGCGAAUGAUGUAAAUGAUAAUACUACUAAUACUAAUACUACUAGUAUAGUGAGUGAAGGUCAAAGGAUGAAUGACAACAGUAAUAAUGGUAGUAGUAACAAUAGUAUACCGGCCAUUGAGUUACCUUUUCCAUAUUUCACUGGUAGUUUACUUAAGCGAAUAUGUGCUCAUAUGACAUAUAGAUAUAAUCAUCAACCACCGAACCGAAAUAGUAGUGGUUCAACUGCUGCAGGAGUAGUGAAUAGCAAUAAUGAUAAUAACAAGUCUGGUAGUAAUUUUUCCAGUUACUGUGGACGAAAUAUAAUGCGUGAAAUUCCCAGACCCAUGGUAUUACCUUUGGCUGAAUAUUUGGAUGCUUACGAUCGUCACUUUAUAGAAGAUUGGGAUGAAGUAACCACUAUAUUAAUGGUAAAAGCUGCAACACUUUUAAACUAUGAAGAACUCUUAAAUUUGGCUUCAGCACGUUUAGCAGUGUAUUUAUCAGAAAAGUCUAUUGAAAGUCUUCGCGCUUUUUUAGGAGUUGAAAGUGAUUUUUCACCGGAAGAGGAAGCAGAGUUAAGAAAGGAAUAUGAGAAGUGUAUGGAGGAUCGAUAA